UUUCUCCUGAGAUGAGUGUGUUGAGGCUGCUGAAGACACGGGCUUGCUGGUGCUGCUGAUGCUACUGCUGGGGUGGAGGAUCCAGGACAUGCUCGUCUCACAUCAGAUCAUCAUGCUCUGGUGCAAAGUCCUGAACCCUGGAGUUACUGGGGGCAGACACAGACUGAGCCCAGUGACAACGGAUAGAGAUGUGUCCUGCUAUUGAUAGGACAAGGGAGCAAAGGCCCUUCUGGUCCUUGACGGGUCCAAAACAAGUCAGCAAUGGCAAAGAGAGAUUACCUUGUGGAGGCGGCCAAGCAGAUCCGCAUGGCACUGGACAGCGAGGUCAAUGAGGACUAUGAGGCAGCUUUCAGUUACUAUAAGAAUGGGGUGGACUUGCUGCUGAAUGGAGUUCAGUUGGAUCCAAACAAGGAACGUCGUGAGGCAGUGAAGAGGAAGACAACCCAGUAUCUGAAAAGAGCUGAGGAAAUCUUCAUAACACAUCUGCAGGACAACCUCGGGAAAGGAAGCUCUCAUUUAGGGGGUUACAGCAGUCUGAGAUUUCGUCCAAUCAGACACUUGAGUUCACCCGUGGAGGACCUGGAGAUGUGUAAGGUGGUGGGAGUAACUGAUAAGGUCCUGAUUGUCCAAAGUAUGGUCAAUAAGGAGACAUUUGUUGUUAAGAGUCUGGUCAAGUCGAGCUGGGAAAGCAGGGACCAACCAACCAUCAUUCCUCAGGGGGUGCCAUAUAUGGUUAAGCUGCUAAGAUAUUAUGUCAGCGAGGAUGCUGUGUAUCUGCAUCUAGAGCAUAUCAAAGGUGGGAGGCUCUUCUCUAAGCUGCAUAAGCUGAGAAAUGAGAAGGCCAAGGAACACCCAGAAUGCUUCCCUUCUGGCCAGCACAGUGUCAAGCUGAAGACCAGUUACACCUCACCCACAAUCAGCACAGACUACCAGCACAACAGCAGAGGGAGCAUAGGAGUGAUUCCAGAGAAAUUAGGCAAUGAGAGUCCAGACACGGAAUUCCUCACUACAUGGGAUGAGACACAGCAGCGACUGGAGAGCUGUGGAACCCACUCCUAUAUUGAGGAGACAGGUUGUCUGCAGAACACACGGUCUGGAGCUUCAUUAUAUACCAAACUCGAUAGGCUAACUCUGUAUUCUGGCUCAACAAGGACACAGGCCAACCCCCGCAUCCAUCCACCAGCUCCUAGUUUGUGUUUGCACUCCAGUGAAACUCAGGAACAGCUUGCUCUUCCUCUCUCUUGCGCCCGUGUCAGUCUAACUCUUGAUGUAAUGUCAGAAUUCCAUAAAAAGAAAGCUGGAAUGGGACUGACAGAGUGCAGUUCUGAGUUUGAAGUGGCUUGGAAGGCUGCCGACCAGGCACAAAACUGUGAGAAAAUAAACCCCUAUGCAGUGACAGACAGUCAUUCACAAAGCACGCUAGGACAAACGGCACCUCAUACACAUCAGACCUCGUUUAUAAAAGCAGGAUCACCAAACAGUGAAAACAAUGGUUUGAGUUCAUCCCCAGCCAUUUUGCAUCUUCCUCUCCAUUGCCAAACCCAGAUUCGCAGCAGGGCAUCAUGGGAUAAUAACGACUCUCACCAAGGAUCUGCUUUGAGCGACAACUCAGAUAUAGGAACAGACUCAAAGCCUGACAGCACUAGUCCCACCACAGAUGAAAGAAAUGGGAUGGUAGUCAUCAGGAGCACCGACAGAGCAGUAUUUUCUGACCACACAGACACAAAGAACACCUCACAAAGCUCCUGGCCUUCACCUGCAUCCCUCUGCCACAGCACUGCAGGAAAACGGGGGACAUUUUCAGGGGUCCCUGUUGCCCUCUCAGGGGUGAAGUACAAAGACAAAACAAGUUCUACUGAGGCAAGAAACAGUGUAGAGGAGGCCUGUGAAUUGAGUCCGAGAGAGAAACUGGUACCAGCAAAAGAGCGAUCAUUUGUGAGCUGGUUCAUCUCUGGCCCUUCUGAAGGCCCAACCCACAGCAGCAGAGAGGACAUGGAUAAUUUCCUUAAAUCAGAAGAAUCUGAGAGGCAGGGAGAAGACCGGAUAAUUGAGGUGGAUGGCUGGUGCCACUUGCCUCGGUUCCCUGUCAAGACCUCUCAGACAGAUAAGUCCCUGCAGACCUGCUGGGGGCUUCCCGAGACAGAGGUGCGUGUCUGGGGGGCUCAGAUCCUGCUGGCUCUGGAGAGUCUGCAUCAGCAAGGCAUCCUGUGUCGAGAUCUCAACCCUAGAAACGUUAUGCUCACCAGCAACGGAAAGGUGUGUUUGACAUUUUUUGGCCAGUGGAGUGAGGUUCAGUCAGAGAUUUGCUCCAAAGCCAUGGAACAGAUGUAUUGUGCUCCAGAAAUUGGUGGUGUGUCCAGGGUAACAGAGGCAUGUGAUUGGUGGAGUCUUGGGGCCUUGUUGUUUGAACUCCUAACAGGAAUGCCACUGUGGCAGCUCCAUCCAGCAGGAAUCCACUCCCACACCCAGCUGCUCAUCCCCGACCACCUGAGCACUGCAGCUGCGUCUCUGCUCACUGAGCUGCUUCAGUUUGAUGCUGGCUAUCGCUUGGGCUCUGGAGGUGGAGGUGUGUGUGACAUCAAGUGCCAUCCCUUCUUCAGCGGCGUCUCCUGGAAAGCUCUGAGCUGCUAGCAGGUGCAGAUGCUGAAUCUCUGAUUCCUCUUUCAUGGAUUGGAAAUGAAGUUGACAUAGGAUCCAAGUAUUUUUAUGUGGUCAAAAUGGAUGCAGCACUAAAUCCUGGUUUCCUUCACAUCUUGUGCUUCCCAAGAAAAAUGACAAAAUAAAAGCGGAAACAUUAAACAUUAAGUGGAUCAUUAUUAUUGUUAAGAAAAUGGUAUUAUUAUAUUAUUUUAACUUAUGACAUUUACAAAUGUUUGGACUGUCUGUCAUGAAAUGCUGUUAAAAAAAUAAUGUUAGGCAAUAAAUUGUUACUUCUUCUUAUCAAAGGCAUUUUACUCACAGUUGGAGUCUUUGUCUUAAUACUACCCAAUCAAGAAUCUGUGGAAUGCACCGAAAUAUGCCGAAUCCACACCGCCCUGACCUGUCAGAAGGGACACGGGACCUCUGUGGGUGUUUUGUUGUCAACGGCAUCAGAAUGUUGGAGUCUCUGGGUCCUGUGCAUUGAGGGUGGGAGGGUGGAUUCAGCUUACUCAAUUGCAUCCUGUCAAUCAGUUUUGGAGGAUUUAUAUUUAGGUUAGGAAGCAAUUUUUAUCUUAUUAUUUAUUGGCAAAUAAUCCACAACCUACAUACAGUAAAUGCUUCCACUGAACGGCUGCAUGACAAGUGGUCAUCAGCAAACUAUAACUUGAGACUAAACUACUGAAUUUGUGUUGUCUGUUUUUCUGCAUUAUAUUGUAUUUGGAUGGAUCACUUUUCAAGCUAUCUAUGCUCUGCAUCUAUUCUCGUAAAUUUAGCAGCCCAGAGUGUCAAUACAAAAGACCAAAAACAAAACAAGUAUCUCCAAAACAAAAAAUACAAAAUCUACAGUUGGGUAAUGCAGCUUUUAUUGUUUAAAAUUUUCUUCUUCUUAAAUACUCUUUCGAACACAGCAUAACAAGAUUUUUUGUGAAACAGAUGGCAUAAAUUCAGAGGGUUUCUUCACUUUGGACAUUUCGAAACAUAGUGUUACUUGGUUUCUGGCCCAACAUGUGCUCAUUGUUCUUCUCUCGACCAAAA